AUGUCUUCAAACAAGUUUUGGGAUCAUACUCAAAAACCAUCGACUCCAUGUCAAAUUGAUACUUUGAAUUCAGAGUUCUCUAAGAAUCCUGAUGAUUGGAUAACAGAUACUGGAACUAAAUAUGUUGUUUCUAGAUCAAUCUCGCCUAAUGCCGAUGAUAUAACACCUUAUCUUAGUUCACAUCCACGUACACCAAGCUUAAUCGAAGCUGAAACUCCAGCUUAUUCUUUAGGUAGAGCUUUCGGUGUUGAUCAAGAUAUCGGUCAUGAUUUACACCAUUCUUUCAGUCAAAAGCACGAAGCUUCAAAAAAUAGUGAUCAGAGGAAAUGGUCAAAACAUCUUCCGAUCCCUUUAACAAGUUUUCCACGAUGUAAAUCCUUAGCUUCCAUUCGAGAUAAAUAUCGUCAUCAUAAUUUCCAUGAUACGAAUCACCCAAAUAUACCAGAUUCAACCUCUUCACCAAAGUACAUUAUUGCAACCCCAGAAAUGCUUCAAAAGUUAUGCUUAGAAUCUCAAAAAAUGAUCAAGAAGACCGUAAGCGACUCGGACGAUGAAGAAAAGUUUAAAUCACCAGAAAAUACCGAUUUCGAGAUUAAAGAUUUAAAUAAAUCUCAUUCUAUUCAACUUGUACCCACCAAAAAUGGAUCAGUUGAACAAAUCGAAUACGUAAAUCCUUCAUCUCCAAUCACGGAUUCAGUUACACUUCAAUCAAACUCACCAGGACCAGAACCACUGAGAUCAGUACCAAGAAAUUCUUAUCAAAAUUUCAAAUUGGCAACGCGAGAAUUUGCCGCUGAGUUCCUAGGCACUUGCAUAUUAAUUUUAUUCGGAAAUGGGGUCAAUAACCAGGUCACCUUGAACUCCAGUAGAGCUGUCUCUGGCACCGACAAAGGCGAUUACCUGAGUAUCUCCUUUGGAUGGGGAAUCGGAGUGAUGAUUGGAGUCUACGUGGCUGGACGCGCCUCAAAUGGUCAUUUAAAUCCCGCUGUUACCCUAUCUAUGGCUAGUUUCAGAGGCUUCUCGUGGAAAAAGGUUUUACCUUAUUGGGUCGCUCAAGUAUUGGGUGCUUGGCUGGGUGCAACAUUAGUACAAGCAAUAUACUCCGAAGCCUUGAACCUCUACGAAGGUGCGAAAUCUUUAAGAACACUCACAGGUCCUAGAUCAACUGGUGCUCUUUUCUUCACUUCACCUGCAGAGUACAUGUCAGAUGUGAAUUGCUUUUUCCAAGAAUUCUUAAACACAGCUAUUCUUUUACUUGUGAUUCUAGCUAUAAAUGAUAGAAAACAUUCUCCAUCACCAGAUGGAAUGAAUCCGUUUAUUCUCUUAUGGGUAAUUGUAGGACUUGGAGCAUGUCUUGGAUCUCAAACUGCCUAUGCAAUGAAUCCUGCAAGAGAUUUUGGUCCUAGAAUCAUGGCUAGUUGUUUUGGUUAUGGAACUGAAGUUUGGAGUUUUAAACACUUUUAUUGGAUUUGGACUCCUUGGAUUGCUACUUGUGGUGGUGGUUUGUUUGGGAGUUUGGUUUAUGAUUUAUUUAUUUACACUGGAUCAGAUUCACCAUUGAAUCAAGAUGUUCAUUCUAAAUUUAUGAAUUGGUUCAAAAAAGAUAAAACUAAGGUGAUAUAUGAUAAAAAUAUGUGUUAAUUUUUUUAAAAACAACAGUAACUGGUUUUCACCGUAUAAUAAUUAUCAAGGACAUUGGUUCUUCUUUCUGUUGAAAAAGUUGAAAUAUAAGUAGUAGAAUAUUGAAGCAAUGUUGAAUCUUUAUCUUACAUGAUCAUCAAGAAUUAACUUUUAGCUUGGUUUACUGCAUACCUUUGUAACAUCUAUCUAAUGCAAUCAUGUAUGUAAAUAUAUAGUUUAACUGCUACAAUCAGGUCUUAAUGAGUAGCAACAUUGUAUUUUUGUAAAUCAGUAAAUUAAUUUCAACAUUUUACUUU